AAUAUGGUGGAUGAGUGGUAACGUUGGAUACUUCUACAGCACUUCUCUAGUGUAUUAAUAAACUAUCAACAAAUUCUGCACGGGGAAGUAUAUAACAGUGCAGGAACAACGUCACCUGACUUGUGAGACUGCCACAUCUAACGCAAACUGCAGUUUGACAGGGUUUGAUGUGUAGAGUGAUGAGGCCUUGAGGAGGUUAACACAUCACUGCCAGGAGAUGGGAGCCAGCACUAGUCAAGUUAGUGACCUGGGAGAGAACCAGAGCCUGCAGAAACUAAUUGGUACAGAGUCCAUCUCUGAGAAUGACCCUUUCUGGAACCAGCUUAUUUCCUUCACCAUCACAAGCCCCACUUGCAGCUCUGAUGCUAAACUGCUGGAAGAAGCCAUCAUUCCUCUGGCUAAAAUCCUGAUUGAGAACAAUCCCAGGUCUGGGAAUUUUGGAGCUCUGGUGAGGAUCUUCCUUGCACGAACUAAAGAGUUGAAAAUCUCCACAGAAUGCCAAGACCAGUUGUUCAUCUGGCAGGCCCACAAUGCCUUGCUCCUGGUCCGCUGCCUGCUGAAGGUCUUUAUCAGGGAAAUGAGUGAGGAGGAGCUGCACCUGCAAUUUUCUUACCAGGAGAGGGCGCCAGGCUCCUGUGAGACUGGAGGUGAAGACCUACUGAAGGAGCUGGUGUGCAAUCUUGUCCAUCUCAUAGUGGAGGUCCCCCUUUUGGACAUCACCUACAGCAUCCUGUUUGAGGCCGUGACCACACUGCUGGUGCUGCUGUCCUACCAACUGUUCAGCAAGGAGGUCCUGAGGGACGGCUACGUCUACAAGUGCCUGAUGAGUGGCCAGUGCCUGGAGCUGACGAGCCGGUUGGUGAAGACGCUGCUGUAUAACUUCAUCAGGCAGGAGAAGAGCCCCCCACCAGACACACAGCUUUUCCAGUCACAGGCAGAGGGAGGCGGCAUCCUUUACGGUCUGGCCUCUGGGGUAGCAAGUGGCCUGUGGACGGUGUUCACACUAGGUGGAGCCGGGAGCAAACCUGGCCUUGACCAGGAACAGAACCCUCUGCCCCUGUCCAACCAGAGCCUGCUCCUGCUGCUCAUCCUAGCCAAUCUGACCGAUGGGCCAGAGCUCCCCAACGCCUACAGGCAGGCAGUCACGAGCUUCAAGAAUACUCAAGACACGUCGACCAUGCCGUCGCCCCAGCCGCACACGUUCCAGAUCAACUUCAACAGUCUGUACACGGCGCUGUGUGAGCAGCAGACGUCUGACCAGGCCACACUGCUGCUCUACACACUCCUGCACCAGAACCAGAACAUGAGGACCUACAUGCUGUCCCGCACCGACAUGGAGAACCUGGUCAUCCCUAUUUUAGAGAUCCUCUACCAUGUGGAGGACAAGAACUCCCACCAUGUGUACAUGGCCCUAAUCAUCCUCCUCAUCCUCACUGAGGACGACAGCUUCAACCGCUCUAUCCACGAGGUGGUACUAAAGAACAUCACCUGGUACACAGAACGCACCUUGACGGAGAUCUCCUUGGGCAGUUUGCUGAUUCUGGUGGUGAUCCGGACCAUCCAGUUCAACAUGACCCGCACCAGGGAUAAAUAUCUCCACACCAACUGCUUGGCUGCGUUGGCCAACAUGUCGGCCCAGUUCCGCUGUCUACAUCAGUAUGCAGCUCAGCGCAUCAUCAGUCUGUUUGCACUGCUGUCCAAGAAGCACAAUAAGGUCCUGGAGCAGGCCACCCAGUCCCUGCGCAGGCCUGUGGGCACAGACGACGGCGCCGCACUUCCAGACUAUGCGCAGGACUUGAGUGUCAUCGAGGAGGUGAUCCGCAUGAUGCUAGAGAUCAUCAACUCGUGCCUGUCCAACUCGCUGCACCACAACCCCAACCUGGUAUACGCACUGCUCUACAAGAGGGAGCUGUUUGAGCAGUUCCGCUCACACCCCUCCUUCCAGGAUAUCAUGCAGAACCUGGACACGGUCAUCGGCUUCUUCAGCCAGCGUCUGGAGCAGGCAGGAGCUGACCUCUCUGUGGAGAGGGUUCAAGAGGUCAUCAAGAAGGGUGCAGUCGCCCUGCCCAAAGACCGCUUGAAGAAAUUUCCAGAACUGAAGUUUAAGUACGUGGAGGAGGAUCAGCCUGAGGAUUUUUUUGUGCCCUAUGUCUGGUCAUUGGUCUUCAGCUCCGCUGUGGGCCUCUACUGGAACCCCCAGGGCAUCGAGCUCUUCAGCAUGGACUCUAGCUGAACGCCUGUGUGGCUGUCCUGAUGUCGCUGUAUAUUGGUGUGAGGUAUGAGUGUGUAUAGUUUUGGAAGUGCCUCUUACCCUGCGGAAUGAUUGGGUAUGUGUGUGGCAGGGGAUCUGGACUCUGGAAGAGGCUUCGGGCCGUGUUGCUUGUGCUCCUUGCUCAUAUCAGGCUCUUGUGCUUCCACUGUUAAGCCCGACUGCACAAGCACCUGUGCAGCGGCUCACAUCUGCAGGGGAAGCAAGCGUCCUCCGUGGCCUGCUCCACGCUCAGUCUGACCAACAGGCUUUAGUGAGCUCCACUGAAAUCUGGCUACGCUAGGGAAAUACUUCCUGAGAAUUCGAUGACGCAGUUUAAGUGUUUCUAUAUGGGUUUGUGGAUGGGAAAAUGCAAUACCUUUGUUUUUUGAGACUAAAGUUCCUGCUGUGUGUAAAUGUUUGCUCAGUCAUUUGUGACUGCUCAAACCACAGUUUGGGUUAUGUGUUCAUGUCAAAACAGAUGUGGUUUUGUCUAUUACCAAACAGAUUUGUGCAGUUUAUUAAAGUCAUAGUUCAGAAUGUAGCCUUGGCCAGGACAUUAUCCCUGACAACAUCCCUGUAAACAGGUUCAACACCUCAGUAAGACAUUGUAUGCUUAUUCCUGUUAUUAUAAAGCAGUGCUUUUUAUUUACGUCUUUUUGUAAUAAUUUAUUUAUUGUUAUAAAUUAGAUGAGAUAUUUGUUCACAACAAAAUAAUUGAUAUUCUGCUUUCUUGGUCAAUAAGCACCAAAAUUAUUUUUGUAUAGUAUUUCAGAAAUUGUCUCAUUUUCACAGAGAGAAAAAGAUUGUGUUUUUUAGCAAGGCUCAAUGUAAGGUUGUUGUUUUGGUCAUGAAACCUAAACUAGUAUCCAAGUGACUCAUUAAUAUUAAGCCUUACAUAAUGUCAACCAGGCAGUGCAUGUACAUUCAUGGUAUACAUUAAUGCAGAGCAUGUUUGCUUUUACCCUCGGUGGUUGUUUUGGAAGAGCCUAUGGAUAAUUUGAUCUUUUGUCAUAACUCUUAUAAAGAGAAUAGCCAGAUGAAUUAAUCUUUUGCCUGUUAUGAGGGGCAGUUGAUGUGCAUGGUGCAUUUGCACCUCAUUUUAAGAGGGGACUAUCUGUUACUGGCUGCCAAAUUCACAUUUAACAUGUUACACCACCACAGGCAUUUCAGCCCAACCAGGCUCCAGUCAUGCCUGUACGUUUUUCAACAUCUUUAUCUUCAAGGGUUUCUUUUAUUCUUAUUUAUGCAAUUCUGAAAAUGGUUUCUGGUUAAAGGAGAGAAAUGAUCAGUCAGAUGUUGCUCACAUGCUAGUAGAAAAAGACUCUGGAAUGUUCCUCCACUCAGGUAAUGACAUGUGAUAAUGUUCCAAAUUAAAUAAUCAUCAAUAAACACAUGAAUUCCCCCUG